CUCAGGACACCUCUGGGCAGUGGGAGAAAGCAUGUAAGAGUAGCUUGAAUGUUCAAGUAUCACAGUCAUGGGCGUUUUACUAUAGAUCCUCAUAGAGUAUAAUAAUUAUGAUAUGAAAAUAAUCAUUAUAAUAAUAAUUGGCAUUUAAGGGGCGUACAGUAUGUGGGGAGGGGUAGGAGGGCAGCGGGCACAGCUGGAAGGGGCUGCGCAAGGAGAAAAAAGGUGGGGAGCCUCCAGGGGAGAGGAUACCGGGGAGGGGAUAUGGGGUACGGAGGAUAUAGGGUGCAGGGCAAAGAGCGUACAGGGCAUAGAGGGGAUGUAGGGUAUGGAGAAUACGGGGUAAGGGGCACAGAGAGUAUAGCACAUAGGGGAUGCAGGGUAUAAAGGGUCUGGAUACGGAGGAUAGGAAAUACAGGGUAUAGGGGAUAUAGUAUACAGAGGGUAUAACGUACAGCAUAUAGGGUAUAGAGUCUAUAGGGUAUAGAGGAUGUAGGGGAUACAGGGUAUAGAGGGUACAGGGGGGAGGGGAGGGGAGGGGGGCUUGGGUGUAAAAGGCCCUGGAGGAAGCAUCAGGGCUAUAAGGAUCCUCAUUAGGGACUGCAGAGAAGGAAGAGUACAGGACCACGGAGAGGAGUGGGUAGAAGUUAUUGCCCGUGGGAACACCAGGGCAUGGAGCAAUGGCUACGAGCCGUGGGAGAAGCGUGGAGGCAGUGGGCGAGAGCAUCCGCAUGGGAAGUGAGAGGUCUGCAGAGUACGAGGGAAAGGGUCCACCAAGAAAAGUCAAAAGCUGAGACCAAACCUCGCCAUGGGCCCACCAGUGAAGCUCAGAUGGCAGCUGCUGCCGCCGUGGCCAGGCUGGAGCAGAAGCCCAAGCCUCGGCUCUCUUCGUCCCAAGAUGUCAUUAAGAGCCAGGUGAGGAAGGAGCUAAUGGCUGAAGCUGCUGCAUAUGAGAGAGGACCCUCCCCAGAUCACAAGGACCCUGAGGCUGCAGAAGAGGAAGAAUGUGCUGGACUCUCGGUAUCUGGAGUCUAUUUCAUUUGCCCGCUAACUGGGGCCACCGUAAAGAAAGACAAGCGGGAGGCACACAUCAGAGAGGCCAUCCUUUCACAUUCCUCUGAAGACCCAGUGGCUGCCUCGGUCAUGGAGAUUCACACCUUCAACAGAGACCGAGAGAAAGUGAAGCUUGGUGUUGAGACCAUCGCAAAAUACCUAGAUAACAUCCACCUCCAUCCAGAGGAAGAGAAAUACCAAAAAAUCAAGCUGCAGAACAAAGUGUUUCAGGAAAGGAUAAACUGUCUGGAAGGCGUGCACAACUUUUUCCAGGCCAUUGGGUUUGAGAAGAAAGCCCUACCUGUUCCAGGACAAGAGACCACAGAAGAAUACUAUGUGCUAAAGGAAGAAGUGUUGACUAAGUUGGAGGACCUCAAGGACUACAAGGACCAGCUCCUGAACUCUGAGCCAGUGAGGGUCCAGCUGGAUCGCCAGCUCUGUAUAUUCAAGCCUUCCCCUCAAGCUGCCCAGUUUGAACUGCCAAAUGACUUCUACAACCUCACUGCAGAGGAGCUAAAACGGGAGCAGAGGCUCCGGACGGAAGCAGUGGAGAAGGCCUCUAUGCUGAGGACAAAGGCUAUGCGGGAGAAAGAAGAGCAAAGGGAAAUGCGGAAAUACAAUUACACCUUGCUGCGAGUCCGGUUCCCCGAUGGAUACAUUCUACAAGGAACGUUCUAUGCCCGGGAGCAGGUCUCUACCCUGUACAAGUUUGUGAGAGAGGCCCUGCAGGAUGACUGGCUGCCUUUUGAGCUGCUUGCUCCUGGAGGUCUCAAACUGACUGAUGAAAACUUGGCUUUCAACGAGUGUGGGCUGGUUCCCUCUGCUCUCCUGACACUCUCAUGGGAUGCAGCUGUCAUGGCAGACAUAAAAGCUGCAGAGAAAGAAGAGGAAGCAAAAAGCCACUUGAAACCAGAACUCCUUUCUGCUGUCCAAACGCUGUCAUAAAAUAAACGGGAGCAGAUUCAGUGCUGUUGGGUCUGUUCAUGCUGUUCUGUCCUCCCCUGCAUUUCUCAGACAUCAGAACAGAAGCUGCUUCAACUCCUGUUCCUGCCACAGACUUGCUAGCUGGGGUCUGGGACAUCCAGGCAUCAGUCUGCCACUGCACUGGUCAGCUUCUGUCCACACCAAGAGCAGCUAUGGAAUAGGUGAGAACUUGGCCCAUUUUAAGCAGACUUACUACUCUGAAGACAGUCCUCCCCUGGGGAUUUCUGUUCUGUUGCUCUUGUACUUUUUUUUUUCCCCCCCCAGUUACUCUGUGGUUUUCUCUCUGUUGUGGACAGAAAGUACCUCUCUGUCCUUUACAGCAACAGAAAAAAAAUCUACCCUGUUAAAGUCUAGCAGGUCAAAGAUGAUUGUAAGACUUGUAGGCAGGACUAGUGUUCGGCUCUCUGUUAUGCUCCUACUGUAUAAAUUAAAUCCCUCUUAGGGGAAAGAUUUUUGUGUAAAAUACUUAUGUCACUUGUAACAAGAUCAGCUGUUGUUAUUCUGAUUAAAGGAAGUCUUUAGAAAUGCA